AUGGUCAAAAUAUUCAAAAACAUCACGAAAAGUAAAGAGGACAAAAGAGAUUACCGAGGCCUAAUUUUGGACAAUGAGUUACGCGUAUUACUCAUCAGCGACCCAAAAAUUGAUAAGGCAUCAGCUGCGCUCUCCGUUAACAUUGGUGAAUUGAGCGAUCCACAGGAACUCAGUGGUUUGGCUCACUUUCUGGAGCGAGUGCUUUUCCUAGGAACGAAAAAGUACAGCGACUUCUUAACCGAGCACGAUGGCGAUGGGAUAUCUACCACCGACAUGGAAAACACGACUUACUACUUUUACGUCGCCCAUGAACACUUGACCGGCGCAUUAGACAUAUUUUCUCAGUUCCCUUUAGCCCCUCUCCUCGACGAGACCAAGGCAAAACAAAUACUGGACAUACUGCUCCAAAUCAAUUAUGAUUAUGAAAAACUAUUACGCAAUGACCAAUGGCGUUUAAACCAGUUUGAAAGGAGCAUCAGCAAGAAAAAUCACCCCUACAACAAGUUUAAUCAUGGCAACUGGCAAACCUUGGAGAACGAUCCCAAGAAAAAUAAAAUUGAUCUCUGGAAGGAGAUGCUCAAUUUCCACAGCAAUUACUACUCGCCCAACAUCAUGUCCCUCGUGAUCCUCGGCAAAGACUCUUUGGAUGAACUGCAAAAGAAAGCUGAGAAUUCGUUUGGAAAAAUUGAGAACAAAAGCGUCUCUCUGCCCGAGUGGCCUGGACAUUCUGUUGGCGAUGAGCAACUAUGUAAGGCAAUACUGGCUGUGCCAAUUGAAGACACACACAAGCUUGAAAUCAACUUUCCCAUCGCGGAUAUAAGUCGGCACUACAAAGGCCCUUACAGGUACUUGAGUUACCUACUUAAUAACAAAAGCAGUGGCAGCUUGCUAUCCGCCCUGAAAAGGAGUAGAUGGGCAACUAAUCUAGAGGCUACAUGCAAGAGUGUUUUGAGAGACAUUGCUUAUUGCUUUGUGGAAAUUUAUCUGACUGAAAUGGGUCUCAUGAACGUUCACGAUGUCAUAGAUCUCUUCUUCCAGUAUAUAAAUUUGCUUCAAGAAACAGUCAACCAAAACCACGAAUUAACAAUUUACCGUGAUUGCUUGAAAAAUAGCUACCUGAAUUUCCACUACAGAGAAAAUGAAGAUUCCGCCAGAGAUUACUGUAUGGAGCUGGCUGAAAACCUGCUGACUGAAAAAUGGAGCAGAGUUAAAUACGUAAUCAGGGACAUUCCAAAAGAGAUGCUUGACAAUUGGGACUUUGCGGAUUCAAACGAUGAACUGGAGUUUCCGCAAAAGAACGAAUUCAUUCCAGACAGCCUUGAUAUUCUUCGAGCUGAUGAUGAAAAAUUCUACAGUAUUUCUGACUGUUAA